AUGGCGCAGGCUUGCUCCGAGGAUGACCUCAGUGUGCCAGGCGAGGACGCAGAUGAAAGCCGCAGUUCCAACUUGUCAGAUUUUGGCACCUCUAGCGGCAUCUCUGACAUAGGAAGUGCAACGUCAGACUUGUCGCGGAUUUCUGACGAUGACGAGUUGGUGGAGUGUGAAGAUAGGAUGACACCUGAGUCUGGUGCCGCUACUCAGUGUCUAGAUUUUCUUUGUUUUAUAAUUUCAGGGGGGAAGACAUACAGCAUCGUUCUUUUUGAAGAUGAAGAUGAAGUUUCCGUCGUGCCCACUUCGUGGAUUUCAGAAAACACAGUUAGGUGGCCACCAUUUAAGAGCACCGCAAAGAUAACUACUGCCAUCAAAGAGCAACAACCACCAUCAAGCGACUGGACUAGCUACAGAUGUCGAGUGUUGUGGACAUGUGGCAGCUAUGAAAGUGCUAGACAAAAAGAGCAGCAAGCAGAAUUCACAUCAGAUUUGGCCUCAGAUGUUGAAACAAUUCAGCAAAGGCGGAAGAGGCGGCCACCAGCGCGCCUGGAGUCUUCAGAUGAAGAGAGCAUCGACUUUCCUGUUCCUCUACGAGGACAGUGCUUUAAUUCUUCGCAACAAACUGCGAAGUUUGUUUCACGACCACCACCGCCAAAAAUUGUGAAAUUUUCACGGUUCAAGCCCCAGUCACUUGCUUCACAGGAUCCCCAGAUACAAAAGGCCCCACCUAGCCGGGAAGUGGCUUUAGAUGAUGGCGAUUCUUUUGCUGAAAAAAGGAAGCUUGACCAAAAUGAAACGCUGAAAAGCAAUUUCGCACAGGCCACGGAGUCACAAAUACAUCUUUCGAUUGCCGAAUGGCUCCGUUAUGCACCAUCAAGACAGAAGAAACGGGAUGCAGCUUCGCCUUUGAUGUCAUGAAUCAGACCAUCAUCAUGAGCAGCUGGAGGCCACCAGGGGACAAGGGGACAAGAAGUUUCUAGAUGUGCUGAAUUUUUGAGGCAAAUGUUGACAGUACUUUAAAUUUGUAGUUUUCCAGUGCAACGGCACAUGGCCAAACAAGGGAUGAAGGAGACUUGGAAGAAAACAGUGCAGCAACAGGGACAAGACAGAAGACUGUACAGGUGCUGACUAGCAACUGAAGGUUUAUUGAAAAGGAAAACAUAAAAUAUACUCCCUUUACAACCUAGAGCACGCAUGGUCUACACCAACAACUCUGAUAAGCUGUCAGCUUCAGUUUUGGUGGUCAGCUACAACAGUUCGCAGUGAUGAACGAGGACGGAUGGGGUCCGCAACACAUGCGUAAUCACCCCAUCCGUCCUCGUUCAUGACUGUUACCUGUUGUAGCUGACCACCAUGACUGAAGUUGACAGCUUAUCAGAGUUGUUGGUGUAGACCAUGCGUGCUCUAGGUUGUAAAGGGAGUAUAUUUUAUGUUUUCCUUUUCAAUAAACCUUCAGUUGCUAGUCAGCACCUGUACAGUCUUCUGUCUUGUCCCUGUUGCUGCACUGUUUUCUUCAAGUAUGUACAAAUUCGCUUAUCUCGCCGUUUUACUUAAGUUGGGAAGAAGGAUAAAACAUGGCGCUCACUGACAACUGGUUAUUUAAUGAUGCAGACACUACUUAAAUGCCCUCAGUCCAGCGCAGGCGCACACCGUACAAGGAAAAAGGAACAUAUCACAACUUUAUCACAAAAAAAACGUUAAAGAAACACUAUUUCUAUGUUAUAUAAUGCAACUGAAGUAUUGCUCACAUAUUGUGAACCAGCAUUUUUAAUAUAAUGCGCCUCUGUCACUUCACAUGUGGUUUGUGGUCUGCUUCUGCUAAUGAUUUUCACACUUGAAAAUCUGUGUGCAGUCACUGCAGUGCUCGACAAAUUUGGAACCUGCCUUCAUUCUUUGUUCAAACUGUUCAAAACAUUAGCUAUGGUUUUUGUUCCUGAGUAGCCAAAAUAGGCUGCAUGUGUGCUGUUUUGUAGAUUGUUGCAAGUUUCUUUGUAAAGUAAUUAAAUAAUAUAAUCAUAUUUAUAAAGUAAUUAAAUAAUAUAAAUCAUAUUAGUGAAAUGUAAGCUCACAUGGCACAUUUUUCAAGCUGUGCUAAUGUGUUCAUGUAAUAUUAAGUGUAUUAUAUGUCUGCUUCCUUUUUCUAAGUUAUAUUUGUGAAACUAGCUGUAUGCCAAGCUAAAGUGCAGUUAUACAGCAGUCUGAAGCUUGAUGCUAGUGUAGUUGAUUCAGUUCUUGACAAAUAAAAUAGCGUUAUCAGAAACAAAUGAUGGCUACUUGUGAUGUGCACCCAUAUAUAUAAAUCAUUCUAAUUGUCAGAAUAACCACGUGCAGUGGUAUCUUCAGGUUACGGCAGCUUGUAGCAUCUAGAUGAUCAAGAGCACUAGUAGAGAGCUGAUGAAUAUUACAUAAAGAACUUGUUUAGAGUAAGCGGUCUGAAAAGUAUGGAAAAACAAUGUGUUGUGCUGUGCAGCCUUGUAAGUAUUUGUAUUCUAUAGCACAGCACCGCAUCACUGUGUAGCAAGGAGUAAUGGUCAGUUGCUCAUUCUUGCGACCUUAAACUGCCGUAACCGUUGUGGUAUGAGGAUACCAUUGCAGACUGUUUAGCCUUUCACGAGAUUAUUUUAUUGACCAGCAACCAUUGAUAGCUGAAAUAUUUCAGUGAUUUAGAAUGCGGUCUCAAAGUUUCUGAAAUGUUAUGACAGCAUUGCGGCAAUAUUGCAGUGACAUUGUCGUGGGAACGUUGCAUGUGUGCAAAUAAAAAGUUGUAGCAAUGUUGCAUUUA